AUGGAUAACAUGAACAUGAACAACUCAAUAUGCGAGAAUCAGAGCUUCAAAGUUUACCUUCCGGAGAAUAGUCCGGUGCUUCUUCAAUCUGUAAAUCAGGUAUAUUUAAUGCAAACUGAAGAUGCAGAAUCCGCUGCUGCAGGUUAUAUGAAUGUGAAUAUGGUAGCGGAUUUGAUGCAAAGGAAAGCUUGGAGCCUAGAUGUGAAACCUAUCGCAGAAGCAAUUUUGUACAUGGUUAAAUCGAAGUUGGCGAAGAGUUUGGAUGUUGUAAAUAUGGAAUUAUGA